UAUUCUGUUAGCAAUAGAAGAUUUGUAUUUUAGAAAAUAUAAGAAUGCCAGUUGAAUCAAUAGAAGAUCCUUCUAUAAAAAUAAAGCCAAAUAAGAAACUCAUAGAAUUUAUUUGCAAAAAUAUAAAGAAAACAAGUAGCACUACACCUACUAUUGCUGCUUUAAAGAAAUCUACUAAAGAGAAGCAAAAAGAUAUUUUAUUAAACCUUGAAGAUUUAAAAUGGUUGAAAAAUUACUUAGAAAAUUACAGAAUCCUCAACAAGGAAAAUAUUUAUUUACAUGAACUUUUAGAGGAGGAUGACAUCAGAUUACCAACACCAAAAGUCACACCAAGAAAUCCUGAACUAGAAGCUAGAACACAAAAGUUAAAAGCACAACAAGAUGCUAUCAGAUACAGAGCUAUGACCAAAAAUGUUGAUAAUACUGUAAUGAAGUUACCAGAAGAUACUAUCUCUUAUCAAAUGAAGCAAAUAAAUAAGCAACUCAUAGCUGUUGCACAGUUUGUGUUCUCUGUGCUAGCAGGAUUUGCCUUUGGAUUUAUAGGUGUGGAGUUAAUAGUAGGAAACCUAGACUUUGGGUUUAGAUUGUUAUUAGGUAUAAUUUGUGCAUUGAUCAUAGCUUUGGCUGAAAUUUAUUUCUUAGCUAUUAAAUUGAAUGAAGAUGUAUAUGAUGCUGUUUCAACACCAGCACCUAAAAAAUUACACCAGGAAUAAAAUUUUAUAAACUCUUGUUAUAAAAAUGUAUUCUUCUGAAAUUAAUGUCUUUUUGCAAUUUCCAUACAAAGAUAAAAAAUCGCGGCAAACUUGUUUAUAAUGUGCUAAUGUAUGAAAUGGUAAAACAAGUGCGGAUAAAGCUAAGAAAAACA